AUGCCUGAAGUUGCAGAAGUGGCACACGUUUGUGCUUUAUUGAAAAGAAAUAUUUUGGGCUUCACAAUCAAAAAGGUCAACUUGAAACUUGAUACUUUGUUGUUUCCCAAUUUGAAAGAUGCUAGUGACCCGGAAACAGAACUUGAGAGGAUGCAGUCUACACUUGCGAAUUCACGUAUUGACUCCGUUGGGCGACAUGGAAAGUACUUUUGGAUAAGGUUGACGAAUGAGAAAUCAACCAAUCCAAUCGUGCUACUCAUGCAUUUUGGAAUGACCGGAAUGAUCAAGAUCAGGAAUGUGAAAUCACAUUUAGUUUUCAUGGAAAAUGGUGGAGACAAGAAAAUUUUGAAGGAGCUCAGCGAACCCAAGAGGGAUGAGGAGAUUAAGGUGGAGUCUGAGAAUGAGUGGCCUCCUAGAUUUUCCAAGUUUGAAAUGGAUUUGGUAAAGAACGAUUUCAAAUUGGAACUUUCUUUUGUCGAUCCUCGAAGACUUGGAAGGGUCCGGCUCAUUACAGAGGAUUUAGCUGCAACAGACGAGGGGCUCCUUCAAAUGGCUCCAUUGAACGCGUUGGGGCCGGAUUAUAGUAAACCAGAGAUGUUAGGUGAGGAGUCCGAAUUUGUGUUUGGUGAUCCUGAUCCAAGUAGCCAUGGGCGCCCAAGGUUAGGUUUAGUUGAAUUCAAUGCGGUUAUAUUGUCCAAAAAGAAGUGCAUCAAAACUUUUCUUUUAGAUCAAGCUUACUUUGCUGGAGUUGGUAAUUGGGUUGCUGAUGAGGUACUAUUCCAUGCCAGAUUGCAUCCCAACGAAAUCAUCUCCAAUAAAGUUGCACUUGAAACUGGAAAAGUUCAUCCUAUUAUCCAAAAAUUAUACAAUUCGUUGAUAUAUGUGUGUGAAGAAGCUGUGAAAUGUGAAGGUGAUUCCAAAAUGUUUCCCUCACAUUGGCUAAUGUUGCACAGAUGGGGAAAGGCAAGAAAGAAGGAAGGAAAGGCCAAAACUAAUGAGGGCUUCGCUUUGGAUCAUAUAACUGUUGGAGGAAGAACUAGCUGCUAUGCUCCUGAGGUACAACGUCUUUUGAAGAAGGAGCUUAUUGGUGAGACGAAGGAACUGCCCUCAAGGUCAAAGAGAAAGAGAAAGUAUGCAGAAGAAUCCGAAGAGGAGCCUGAGCCUGUAAGGGUGCAAGUGGAGCAACAAACACGUAAAUAG